AUGUCCAUGGAUCUAAAGAAAUCUAACAAGAUCAGAGAAAUUGUUAGACUUCAACAGAUCCUUAAGAAAUGGAGAAGGCUAGCCAUCUCUUCAAAAACCAGCACUAGUAACAACAACAGCAGCAGCAGCAGCAGCAGCAAAAGCAUUAAGUUUCUGAAAAGAACACUUUCUUUAUCAGAACGUGAGGGAGGAUCAAACAAUGUUGUUCCAAAGGGCUACUUAGCUGUUUGUGUUGGUGAAGAGCUAAAGAGGUUCAUUAUACCAACAGAGUAUUUGGGUCAUGAGUCCUUUCAGAUUCUCCUGAAAGAAGCAGAAGAAGAAUUUGGUUUUCAACAAACUGGUGUUCUGAGGAUUCCUUGUGAAGCAUCUGUUUUUGAGAGUAUCUUGAAGAUGGUGGAAGGAAAAAAGGACAAAUUUUCUUCCACUCAGGAAUGUAGAUUAAGUGUGGAAGAGGUAAUGGGAUAUUGCUCCUCAGAAAACCAGCUUCCUUAUUCUCACCAUCCUCAUAGUCCAUUGUGCAGAUAG